UUUAGGGAAAAUAAUUUUUUUUUUAAACACACGCACACAAAAAUAAGUACUCACCAGGGAAGGAAAUUAAAGCUAUCUUUCUCCGCAGCAGCGCCGCCACAAAUUGUCGAAUGUCGAGAAAGAAAGCAAGCCGAGAACGCAAGGAACACUUGUCCUUGCGUUGCAAUGGGCGGUCCCAAUUCAAAUUUCGAAUCAAACAUUUGUUUUGACUUCGUGAAUGACAAAGUGAAACUAUUACUUCAUCUUAGCAAAAAAUAAAAAGUACAUGUAUAAGAUUUGUUUUAGAAAAUUAAAUGUAUAAAACAAUAAAUAGGUUGCACGAAAGAAGGGGUUGAGAGCGCAGAAUAUACGUCAUCAUCCUUUUGAUCUCUUUGAUACCUUGUUCUCCUCCCUCCUAUAAAAGUACUGAUGGGAUUUCACUGUGAUUUCACGUAAGCGCCGGUGAAGAACAGUGUUGAUCUAGUCGGAGUGCGUCUUCCUCCCUUCUUUGGAAAAGUUCAGCAGUGUGCACAACCCAAGGCGAGGAUGCGGUGCCUCCUUAGUUUUUUUGUCCUCCUGGGAGCGCUUUGCUGCAUUGGUCCAGCGAGCGCUCUGAUUAUCAGCAUGAGCCAGAGCCGCUACUAUGCCGCCAGGGGGUCAAAUGUCAGGCUGGCCUGCCAGUACACACUCGCCCUGGACGUCACGCAGUACAUGGAGAUCAUAUGGAGUGUUGUGUCUGCGAAGGAAGAUGAGAAAACCAUCCUUUGGUUUACUGACGGCCGCUUGAAUGCUGAUCUGUACAAACCUCUGGAGGGGAGGGUCCACUUCACGUCAUCCGAUCCCCAAAACGGAGACGCUUCCAUCAUCAUCUCAGAUGUUCGACUCUCAGACUCCGAGACCUACCGGUGCUUUGUGAAGAACUUACCUGAAUUGGACCAUCAGAAAAUGGACCUGACGGUCGUGGAUCCGCUGUCCCGACAAACCGACAAUCCGGUCUCGCUGACGACUACCGCUGUCGCUGCAAUCGCAGUCUUUGUCACUAUCACAGUGCUCGGCGCUGUCGCCAUUGCUGUCGCCUUCUCUUGUUACCGAAAAUAGAAAUCCCUGGAAACCAGCAAAAUAACCAGUUCAGGGUGUACCCCGCCUCCUGCCCGAUGACUGCUGGGAUAGGCUCUAGCACGCCCGCGACCCUAGUGAGGAGAAGCGGCUCAUAAAAUGGAUGGAUGAUCUCUUCUUUGGUGUGACAGCACAAAGAUGUGAUGACGUCCGCGUUUGGCAUUUGCCCACCAACAGUGUUUUGAUUUGCAUUUCUCUUCUCUCAAAUGUUCACAUUGUUUAAUGUUAUAUUUCAUUUUUGACCACAACAGCAUUUUGAUUAGCGUUUUAAAUAUGUUCAACUUCAUUUUCAAUUAUAAAUGUCAGUUGUCUUUUGUACUGUGAAGUCUUGAUACACUUGUAAAUGUUGACAUAAAGGCCUGAAAAUUCAAAGGCUGCUUUAUAAAGAA